GACUGGCACUAGAGAUCAGUGAUUUAAGACCUUUUUUCAAAACCUCGCAUGAAACCAAUCCCAGAUUUCCACAUGGUUGAACAGGCCUACUGGACCAGUACAAAGAUGGUCGUUAAAAUGAGAAAACUUUACCACUCCCAAGGAGAAUGGCUAAAUAUGGCCCAGCAUCGGAACUCAGGAACCCUGAAGGAGAAGCUACAGGAAGAGUUUUUGUCCUGCAAAAUCUGCCUGGAGUCUUUGCGAAAGCCUAAGGCCCUUCCUUGCCUGCACUCCUUUUGCGAGGCCUGUUUAAAAGACUACGUUCGACGCCACCCUGGGGGCCGUCCAGGAUAUUUCCCCUGCCCAAUGUGUCGAAAGGAUACAUUUAUCCCAGAAGGUGGGGUGCAAGAGUUUCAAGACAAUUUCCUUUUACUAAGUUUGUCAGACACCUUGUUAGAAGAUGAGAGCUGGGACCAUUCCAGUCUCCUGGACAGUAGCAGCAGCUCUUCUUCAUCCUUCUCAUCUUUACAAGGAUCAUCAUCUCCUCCUCGCCAUUUGUAUCCACCCUCACCAAGAGAACAGCGACAUAGAAAUUAUGAAUGGUAUUUUGGGAAAGUGAGUCGCGACGCUUCUGAAGACUGGCUGUUGUCUCCAGGCUACCCACGAGGCACCUUUCUAGUGCGUCAAGGGGAGGCUUCCCCAGGCACAUAUACUCUGUCAGUACGGGACUGUGAUGACUUGCGGUACUUAGCCAAACACUACAAGAUUGUCACACGCCGUACGCCAGACCAUUCAUGUGAACUUUACUACAUCACCAAGUCACGUACAUUUACCUCACUGGCUGACCUGUUAGACUUUUUUGCAGAUUCUGCUGAUGGAUUAUGCUGCAAAUUGUCUCAAACCUGUGCAAAGCCAAGAUCCUUGUUAUGGGCAAUGGAAAGAGGUCGGCAGGAUGAAUAUAACACUACCAGAGACACUUUACAUCUCGUCAAGCGCCUUGGUAGUGGCCAGUUUGCUGAGGUUUGGCAUGCAAAGUGGAAUGGAUCUAAAGAGGUUGCUGCCAAGAUGCAAAAAAUGGACUGUGUUAGCACGGCCUCUUUUCUGGAUGAAGCUCAGAUCCUGAAGACCCUUCAGCACCCCAACAUUAUCAGCUUACUGGGAGUAUGCUGUGAACGAGAACCUGUGUACCUCUUGACAGAGUACAUGGUCAACGGACGUUUAUCUCUGUACUUACGUGAAGGUGCAGGCCAGAGCCUCACGGUGACCCAACUCAUAUAUAUUGGUGCCCAGAUUGCUGAUGCCAUGGCCUACAUGGAAAAGGAAAAUUUCAUCCAUCGCAAUUUAGGUGCUCGAAAUAUUUUGGUUGGGGAACAAAACAGGGUGAAAGUUGCAGGAUUUGGCAUGACACGUACAAAGGAUGAUCCUGAUUUCAAUUUUCGAAGAGGGCUGAAAAUGGCAAUAAAAUGGAUGGCCCCUGAAGUAUUGUCUUAUAACAAGUACAGUACUAAGGCCGAUGUUUGGUCCUUUGGAGUUGUUCUCAUAGAAAUCUUCACCUACGGCAAAGAGCCUUAUGAAGGAAUGCCAAGCAAAGAAGCCUUCGAAAGUGUACAGAAUGGGUAUCGAAUGCCUCGACCGGAGAUGUGUCCAGCAGAAGUGUAUGAUGUCAUUUUGUCCUGCUGGCAAACCAAUUCACAUUCACGCCCUUCUUUUGACUUUUUGAAUACAUUUCUUCAUGAUUAUGAGACUUGAGCCAGAUGCAGGCUUUUAUGCAAGAUACAUGGUCCUCUAGGCUGGAGACUAAUAAUGUGCACUUAGCAUGUUACAUGUUACAUGUUACAUGUUUACAACUGUAGCCAGUCUGUCAAGGUACAUGGCCCUGGAUGUUAAUGAUGUGCUGUUAGCAAGUUACAAAUUUACAACAGUAGCCAGUCUAGCAUAUUCUCUUUUCUUGACACGUCUCCAAAAGGAGCAUUUGCUUUUUUGCUGCAACUCCACCGUAUCCAGAGGCAAAGACUGUCAAGCAGCAUACCAGAAGUGGCAGUUGUUAUUCUUGUUUAUUAUGUGCAGUUUGUGUCCGACAUAUCACCAACAGAAGGUUGUAUUCAGGUAUCUUACAGGAAUUUUUCCACUCACGACUAGAGUGUGCUUGUGAGGUGGAGUUCAUGCUUCCUACAUAUACCAUCUUAGUUUUGUUCUCAAAGACUUCAUGCGUCCUACAUACUAUCUUAGUUUUAUUGGAAACAACUUUGUGUGCCCUACAUAUACCAUCGUAGUUUUGUUGGCAAAAACAACUGUAGAGUAGGUUAGAGUAGAAGCCACUUUUCUCAACUGUCAUGCUGCUUUUCAUUUCUUUUGUAGAGUAGACAAUAUUUCAGUUUUCUUGGAGACCUCAAAAGCGUUCCAGAAGAUUAAAUUUACAAAAAAAAAGAGAGGGAAAGAUGCAGAAAUAAACUGGAUAGCUGCUAUAAGGCUUUCACUUAAUGCCAUGCUUACUUUGGAUUUAUAGAUUUGUUUAAUGAAAAAUAUAGAAUUACAAGAUUAACCAUUUGCAUUUUUUGUUGUACUCCUUUGAGUCAUAACAGCCAUGUUCUUGUAGGAAGUCUGUGUGUAUGUGGUGCGGAUGGGUGAGGUGGCUGAAGCUGUAGAUGAUUGUGGAUGCUCUUAAGAAGUGUCACUUAGUUACUUCCCUUCCUGCCACACACAAUGCAUAUUGGUGUCCACUCAAAAGUUUUCAGAUUUCUUCACAGUUUUGUUGUAAGAACAAACAUUGUAAAAUGAUGGGAUUGCGCCUUUAAUUAAGCUGUUUUCAUCUCACAGUGCUACAAGAAGUCAAGAGAAGAGUGCUGCCUACCUGGCAUUUACAUGUAAAUAAACUUUGUAUGGUAAAAAAUCUCUCAGGCUUAUCAUACGGACAAUAACAAAACAGGUUUUUUCAAACAAUGUUUUGGGUGGUAAAAUCAUGUGUUUAGAUGAUAGUUCUAACAGGUCUAUUAAGAGAGCAUUGAAAAUAGCUGCUAUGAAGAAUUUUUUCCUGAGAGAGUUGUGAUGGAUAUUACUGUUGUUUAACUCUAAAAUUAGUAUCAGCACCAGGAGAGCCUAACACCAGGUAAAGGUGACAGAGAAAUGUACCUUGUGCCUAGCCAGGUAUUCUUUGAGGUGCUGAUUGCUUGCUUAGGUCGUCUUAAUGGUGAUGAUGCCAUGAUGUGGUGGACCUGACUGCUCAGCAUGUUAAUGCUUAGUCUACUUAAGAUAGGGAGUGAGCAACACAUAGCUUUUACAUCUACAUGGUCUUGGUCAUGUAGGGGCUAAUACUUUCCCUGUGUUUUGCUAUUUCCCUGUAAUCCCUUAAUGCUCAGUGUGCUUAAGUUAGGAGUGACAGAUUCUACAUCUGAAUGGUCUUGAUCAUGUAGGGGUUAACACUUUCCAUGUGUUCUGCCACUUCAUGCGAGUCCUUAGUGUGCUCCAUAGUAGUCACCUGUGAGCCCUUAAUGUUUUCCACAGUACUGUUGCAGGGAAUGAGUUAAACGAUAUUCUCAAGGAAACUUAUGUAUCCCUUUUUCUUCAGUGAGUGAGAAAGGGCAUUCCCUGGGAGGGAAAAGAUUGAAAGCAAAUUUGGAAUCCCAGUGUCCUUUUAAACAAACAUUAGCUGUAAGGGCUCAGUCCCAGUGUUCUAUUGACAAAUGUCAGGUGUGAGUGCUCAUUCCCAAUGUACUCUUGAUGUGGCUGACUGCAUAAACACCCACACGCAUCUUAAGUGUGGUUGAUUGAAUAUUCUAUUGGUAGAAAACACCUGAUUGAUUGAUAUUCUUGAGUACCAUCUAUAGCAGAAAAAUUGCAUACAGUACGCAUUAAAAGUUCGGAGGACCCCUUCAAUUUUCGUCAAUGGGGUCCAAUUUGAGUGAAGAACAGGGACCCCUUAAAAAUCUGAAGAAGGGGUCCCUGGGACCCCAAAGAAUUUAGCCUUAGCAGAAGCCCUGUGAACCUAUAUUUUAUGCUAAUGUAUAUGAAUCAGAAUAUAGAGCCAAGUCUAUCCACUGCCAGUAUAUAUACUAUAUAUACAGUAUUGGGUAAAACUGAGUUAACUAUAUUAGUCCGGCCCUCUAAAACCAUCUCAAUUUCUUAUGCGGCCCCUUGGGAAAAUUAAUUGCCCACCCCUGAUCUAUAGCAUAGGGAAGUCCACAAUCUCCUACAGAGUUGGAAGCAUCUUGGAUGUUUGGAAGAAACUCCUUUUGGAACAAAAUGUAAUUUAUUUUUUUUUUACCUACAUCCAAAACGCAGCUCUUGGUUUUCCUAAGAUUUUUUGUUCUUUUUUUUAAUGAUAGCGAAAUUAUGCCCUGUUUCUCAGGGACCGAGUUGAAGUGUAUCAUUGGAAGAAUGUAGCUUCCCGAACUGAGUUACUUAUUGCUUUAGAUUGUAGACUGCCAUAAUGUGAAGAUUGGAGUAAAUGACAGAAAGAUGUGUGCUGUAAGUAUAACUUUGUCUUUGAAAUUCCAUGGGUAACAAGUUGCAGUAUUUGAAUGUUAACUAUGUCCAAUCUCUAUUAGCAUCUAGCAUUCAUAUAAUGCAAUGAUAUAACAAUGGGAAGGAAGUUCUGCAGGUUUGCAUGGUUAAAGUAGUAAUUUAAAAAGCCCAAUAUUUCUUAGAUUUUUGCUUAGAGAAAAAAGUUCAUUUCCACCCUUGUUUGAAUCUUGCUUAUGUAUAUCUGUGUCAUAGUAUGUGAAUGUUUGAAUCACAUUUGACAAUAACAAUAAUGUCAGUGAAGCUGUUUCUCUAUCACAAACAUUAAGAAGGGGAAGGGUGUAGCUUCCUUCUCAGUAGAGUCUCUGAUGGUCUUCCCAUCUGACAGCUGUAGGUGUAAAGUUCAGUUUCUAUUUUCAAAGCCAUAUCAAACUAUUUGAAGGCCAAACAAGUAAAUCUUUGUUUUUCUAUAAUUGUUAUAGAGCUAGGAUUGUCUCUCCAUGUGCUUUGGUCUGAAUAGAUGUAGCAUCUGACAAGGGUCUUCAAAGUAGGUUUUGUCAAGGCAUAACAUCCAUCCCGCCAGCAGGAUAAGCAGAGGGAGGUCUGUCCAGCCGUCAUGCUGCAGGUUCACAUGACAAAAUUGUACAACCUUCUGCCAUAUUCUGUCGACCUGGAGUUUUUCCUGGGCCGGUCUGAAAAGGUGAAUGUACUCCAUAAGAAUAUUUACAGCAGGUCUCACAAUACACCAUUUAUGUAGUUAUGGAAAGGUGGAGAGGUGAUGUUUAAGAAGCUGGGGGUAGCAGAAAAACACUUCUCAAAUGAUGCAUUGUUCUUGCUUAGUGGCCAAUGUCAUGACAAAAUAAUUUACAAAUUGUGGGGAGUUACCUGCAGUGCAUCACCUCUCAUCUAUCUUCUUGUCUUUUUUCUAAACUUUUGACAAAAGAUCACUUCAAAUCAGCAUGUUUGUGUCAAUAGUAACAAAUUUUAACGAUUAAAAUACUUACCUUUGAUUGAAAAAAAGUGUAUUUAUACGCUUGUAAUAGGUUUCACAGGAAGAAACCACAAAUGGAGCUUAUUGGAAUUGUUCAUUUGGAUGUUCUUGCUGUAUGGGUAUCAACUAUAACUCUCAUGCUUUAGAUAUUAAAAUUACCGCUAAACCAUCUCAGAGGCUAAAAUUAAAGCUUUUGGGGCUAUACAAUUAGCACUGUAAAGAUUUAAACUAACAAAUGCUUUAGAGGCAUCAUUUACUGCUUGACUGCUUUAGGAAUUACUAUGAAACUGCAUUAGGGUUAAUUAAACUUCUUUAGGAUUUGAAAUUGGUACUAAACUGCUUUUCGGAUUAAACUUAUCUCUCACUUGCUUUGCAGAUAAAGAUUGUUCCUCUUUUUUUUUUAACUGAUAUCCCUCACCUGUUUUACAGAUUAAAAUUAUUACUCACCUGUUUUACAGAUUAAAAGAGCACUAAACUACUUUAGAGGUUUCUAAACAACUUGAGACAUUUGUAAACCAUUUUCUAAAAUUUGGAAAUCAUUCCUUUUCUUUCUUACUUGCAGCCAUUGUAGCAAAAUGCAUUCUGACCAAGGUUUUUUUUUUGUGUGUGUGCUCCACAGACAACAUGCCAUACUCAUACAUGCCUUCAGUAUGUGCACAUACAUCAAAUUUAUUUUCAUAACUGGGUCAACGCAAGUUGGCAGUCAUACACUUUGUGUAUCUGACAUGCUCUUGACCAACCUACGCUAUUCUAUUUAUGUACUAUGAUAUAGGAAGCAAAGUAUUAAAGUAACGAGAAAUGACUCAAUUUUUAUGCCUUUUAACUUCAUUUAGAAUGCGCACACAUUCCACACAAUGCAGAUUGCUGACUGUGUGAUUUUAAAAUUACACAUUGGUGGUUUGAUCAUGUGUAUGCAUUUGUCAACAUACACAUAAGCAUGUGAGCAUUGAACUGCAUUUAAUAAUGCUGGUGAGGGGGUAAUCACUGCUGUAUUGGUGCAUGUGUGUGCACAUGUACAGAAAUGUGUUAGCGGAUUGCACAAAUGAACUCUGUGCUAAGAAUUGUUCACAGGGCUUGUGAUCAGCACUGUGUAUUGGUAAGAAUUUUCUUCAAGCAUUUUGCCUUGUAACAUUUCAGUUCUGUAGUAUGAUAAGAUGGAGGGAUGGGAGCUGAAGAGUAAAUUUGUCACAUUUUGUUUGUGUUGUGUCAUUUGUCUCAUCAUCUUGUUUUCUUGUUCCAUUCUAAGACUUUCUAGAAUAAAGCUAAAUCUGUUAGACACCAUAGCUGUUGUAUAGUUUUCCUGGUAGCCUUGCUUUCGUAUGUGUUCAUAAUACUUCAGAAUGACACUUAAGAUUUCAGAAAGUGGUGUCAUGAUGUCUCUUAGAGGGUAGGCUUCUUCCAUAGGACUGUGCACAAUUUCUUGAUGAUGAGCUGUAUAAAGCUAGAAAACUGGUAUCAGAGGGUAUCUUUGAAUGUGAAUAUUUUUUGUCUGCAGGUUUUGCAUGCAUUAACAUACACAAUCAUUUGUUUCUUUUUCUAAGAUUUUGUAUUAUUUAAAUGUUUGUAGAUAUUUUGUUCACAUCGAGGUCUAAGUGGCUUUGAAAUAAUUGAGCAGGGUGGUGUCAUUUGAUUCAAACUGAGCUUUAAGUGGCUUUCAAGUAAUUGAGUAGGUCGGUAUCAUUUUAAAGGCAUCCUAAGUCAUCUUUCUUGGUUGACUUGAGGUACUUUCAUGUGUGAGUUCAGGUACCUGAUGUGUGACAUGGAGGUAUUCCUUGCACAAACAAAUGUUUGCACUACCUUGGUUUCAUUAUGCUUUGUGUUUAAUACUGUUUGACAUUUGACAAAAUGGUCUGAUAUGUAACCUCUAACACUGCCAUAGAUGUGUCUUGCACCAUCAUCAAAUUUUUUUGCAGCAAUAAUCAAGUUUAGUGGGCAUCUUUUAUGAGUACUUACAAUGCUGGUUGGUUUGUAAGCACUUUGAAUGCUAUAGAGUGGCCCAAAAGUCAUGCUGUCAUUUAAAAAAAUUCAAAUCAAUUGUCAUAAAAGGGAUUUUUUACUUAUAGAAAUAGUGUCAGAUGUUAACACUUUAAACCUUCAAAAUUGAUAGAAAUAUAUAACAUGGUCCAAGAAACCAAAAUUGUAGAAUUUUACUUUGAAAAUGGAUGGUCCACCAUGCACAUUUAAAAGCAUAAAUACACUAUCAUUAUCAAUUAAGGAAUUGGCAGUUAUUUAUCCAAUUCAUUGUGAUAUUUUCUUUUAUUAUUACACUAAACAAUUUUAUAUUGUCAUUUACAGAAAUGUUCUUUCAAAAAAUAUAAAACAAAAUUAUUUAAUGUUUAAAUGGUAGCACAAUUUUUAGGCCACCCUGCAGUUGUUUAAUUGUACAGAAUUAAGCCAGCAAUGAUUCAAGCACAUCUGUUUUGUUGUGUAAAUUCCAUCGGCCUUUGUUAAAGUGGUGUGGGUCACCUAAUGCUACUAGUUUCUCUCUAUUGUUUAGUACAGAAAUGAUUGUGACAAUGACCAGUUUGAUAGAUUAUGCACCUUUGUUUGUGUUUAUUGUGUGUGUGGAAUAGCAGCUUCAAAAAGGA